CGCCGACAAAGCGCGUUGCCACUGGACGGGGCUGGGUCGACCUCCAACGCAGAAGGUUUCGGGGGGUUGCAGCGGACGAUUGACUAAGGCCGCCCUUGCUCUUAGUUAGUUAACUACUACCGCUUCCGCGCCCGUUCUUUUUCCUUUCCGCGGCGCCUAGGCUGAUGCCGAGACUGUAGUCAGUCAACUUAACUAACCUCCCUACCUCAUCUUACUCCCCUUUCCCAAUCACUUUAGUUCUAUGAGAGUUGGUCGCAUUUUUAGACACUCGUGAUCCUACCUGUACAGUCACAAUGAAGCGCAUCUUCACCUCCCUCAGCAGGCGCUCCAGCCCGACGCGCGACACUCCCUCCUACGCAGAUGACUCACCUGAAGGAGUUAUUUUGAAAGAAGUGACUGCGUUCUGCGAAUCGGGAGGCCCCAAUGGAAAUGAAUUCGUUCACCUCCCCGGGAUCGUCGAAAGUGCAGAAUCAAGCCCCAACGCCGCCCGGGAAGCGGCCCAGCGCAUCCGCAAGCUGCUGUCCGAGCCGUCGAAGACCCCGAGUAACGUGCAGUACAAUGCGAUCAUGCUUAUUCGCAUUCUGAUCGACAACCCGGGUCAUACCUUUUCGCGCAACAUCGACGCCAAGUUCGUGGCUACCUUGAAGGACUUGUUCCGCCUGUCGAGGGAUGGGAGCGUACGUAACUUCCUGCGGGAAACGCUGGACUUUCUGGAGACGCAGCGGUCCUGGGAUGAGGAUCUCACGCUGCUCUUGCAAAUGUGGAGCAAGGAGAAGGGCAAGGUCAACACCAGGACAAACACCGGUCCCGGUCUGACACAGCCCAUGGUCCAGCCAUACCGACAGGCGCCGAAUUACUUCGGCGGCGGCGCCAACCCAAGUGCCGCAUUGCCGGAACCCGGGGAGCUGGUCGCGCGCAUCUCCGAGGCAAAGACCUCCGCGAAGCUACUCAUCCAAUUCGUCCAAUCCACGCCUCCUACCGAGAUGCUCGAGAACGAGCUCAUCAAGGAAUUCUCCGACCGGUGUCGCUCGGCCUCCCGGGCCAUUCAGAACUACAUUCACGCGACGAACCCCGGACCCGAUGAAGAUACUCUGGUGACGUUGAUCGAAACGAACGAUGAAUUGUCUGUAGCGCUUUCGAAACACCAGCACGCUAUCCUCAGCGCACGCAGGGCUCAGGGUCUUUCGGCCAGCCAGUCCUCCGCGUCAUCCAGCCAGGCUUCGGCGUCCGGCGCUGUGCAAUCCUCGGUGCCACCCCCAGUACCACCCCGGGAUACGCAGAGCCCUCUCCAGUCCUCCGGAGUCUCUCCCACACCUCCAUCCCUGCCGAGAACCUACAGCAACGGCGCAGGCCAGUACCGAUCGGAGGACUUCCAGGUCCAGAAUCCGUUUGCCGAUAAUCACGGACCCACGGCGUGUACGGCUUCCCCGACGCAUGCAGAGAAUCCCCAGGCAGAGAACAACCCUGACUGGUGGACGGAGGGGCAACAGCGGCCGGCGCAGCAGCAUCUGAUCUGAGACGUGACGGCUUGUUCAAGUUACCCUACGUACUCUCUGUGCCUGGGGCACUGUUUCUUGGAGAGACGACUAGGUCCUUUUAUGAUUUUUGAUGUAUCGAUACCAUACCUCUACAGUAUUGUUAAUUAAUCCCACCAUCGAUGGGUUGUACAUUGCCUUCUUUUUUGGAAUUUAUGGCGAGCAAUAAAGGUUGGAUGAUGAGGAUGGUGAUGUGUGUGGUCUUGGCUUGAUGAUAUACUAGAUAUGUGAAACCAAGGUGUGCCCAUAAUAGUGUGGUGACACCGCUUCAAAGUGUGCUUAUGAUAAUCAAAAAGUUGUGUUACGCAAAUCACAUGCCGAAGGUGC